GUACACAAAUGCGACAGAGAAGAACGAAAGUGCCAGAGAGGGGACACAGCUUUCAAUGACAGAUGUUGAACAGUUUUCACCUGGAUAAAGUGAUUGUUUUUUGGACAAAUACGUUACUAUCGAACAACAGGCAAUUGUCUGACAAAAAGAAUAAACGUGUGAGGAAGGGAAUGGUGAAGAUGUCUUCAAGAACAGAAAGACAAUCCACUUGUUGACAGUCAGUCAAGUGUUGAACUAUAUGAAAACAGACAGAUCGCUCAGGGAACGACAAGGGGACAACAACUACCAAUAGCUGAAAUUUUACACACAUUGUGAACAUUCAAAGACUGUGGUAUUACCAGCACUUUAGAUAACUACUUGUGAACUUUUGCAGAGCUUUCUGUCUUUUCAGUCGACUGUCUCUCAGAUAGUGGCUAGCUAUGUUUCCUCUAGAUUCUACGUGGAACAUUUCCUUUGCAGGUUGUGGUUUCUUGGGGAUCUAUCAUAUUGGUGUAGCGAGUUGUCUACUGGAACAGUGUCCUUUUCUAGUCCACAACGCCCGCCACAUAUACGGGGCAUCGGCAGGGGCGCUCACCGCAUCUGCGCUGGUCACCGGAGCGUGUUUAGGUGAGGCAGGCGCCAACAUCAUUGAUGUGGCUAAGGAUGCCCGGAAGCGUUUCCUGGGUCCUAUGCAUCCGUCUUUCAACCUGGUCAAGAUCAUGCGUAACAUGCUGUAUAAAACCCUGCCACCCGAUUCCCACCACAGAGCCACAGGGAGGCUGGGCAUAUCACUGACCAGGGUGACCGACGGAGAGAAUGUCUUGGUGUCCCACUUCAACAGCAAGGAGGAGCUGGUGCAGGCCUGUGUCUGCAGUGCCUACAUCCCUGUGUACUGUGGACUGAUCCCCCCGACACUGCAGGGUGUGCGUUACGUGGACGGUGGUAUCAGUGAUAAUCUGCCUCAGUAUGAGCUGAAGAAUACCAUCACUGUGUCUCCGUUCUCUGGAGAGAGUGACAUCUGCCCUAGAGACCGAUCCACCAACAUGCAUGAACUACGAUUCACCAACACCUCCAUCCAGUUUACACUCACCAACCUCUACAGAGUGUCCAGAGCUCUGUUUCCCCCUGAGCCACAGGUUAUGAAGACCAUGUGUAAACAGGGAUAUAAAGAUGCCCUUCACUUCCUGAAGAAGAACGGACUACUGAAUCAACCAGGACCCCACAGACCUCUGAUAGCUGACGGUGAGGAUGACGAAGAUGACAUCAUGAAUGAGGAUGAUGAUGAGGAAGAGCAUGAGGAGCAUCAUGUAGAGAACGAGAUCAGACCCAGCGAGGAUGGGGUGGUGGUAAACCCCUCCCAAUCCAAAUCCACCAUUGAGGAUCACAUCUUUGAACAUCUGCCACCCAGACUACACAAAGCUCUGGUUGAAGCCUGCAAGGAGAGAUACAGUCUGGUCCAGUCGCUAAGCAACCUGCUGCCAGUCAGGAUGGUGACUGCUAUGAUGCUUCCCUAUACCCUUCCCCUGGAGUCUGCUCUGUCUAUGACUGUUAGACUGUUAGAAUGGCUGCCUGAUGUGCAGGAGGACGUGGGAUGGAUCGGAGAACAAACGAUUAAGAUGCUACAGUGUGCUGUGACACGGGCCACCAAGACUGUGUCCAACAGGGUCUCUGCAAAGUUUUCCUACCAGUUGGAGCUGCGUCACUGCCAGUCCCUGCCUGCCCAGCUCAUCCCUGCCAGCCUGCUCCCAAGAUGGGUGAGUGGAGGCAGCUCCUCUAUCCUGGAUGUUAUCAGUCGUUUGGACCAGUACCAGAGGCAGCUGCUGCCGGGCUUCUUCUGUGUUAACCUGGACCUCCAGGGUUCCUUCUACACCAGGGGUCCCACAGGAGGGAGCCCAGUCCCAGGAGGGUCCACCAGAGCUGGGGAAGGAGGACCAGGACCAGCCUUGUCUCUUACAUCCCCCAUCAUAAACCCAGAGGAGGUAGAGGGGAUGGGGCUGAUGAUGAGGAGGCUCAGUGAAAACCACAACUCUACUGCGGCUCUUCCAGCCUCACUAUAGUAAUAUAAUGUAUGACAUUCAGGAGACACUGAGGGCCCCCUGGGGUGGGGGGGGUGACCAUUUAGUAUUACAGACAGAUUCUAAUAACAAGCCAGGUAGACAGGUAGAACAGGUAUAACAGCCAGGUAGACACCUUCAAAUUAAAGGGACAGUACACCAACGUGUGUUAUCUCAUCAUCGAUGACACAGUGCCUUGUUCGCUAACAUUUGAUUCACUCACCUGCCCAUUGGGAUGCCGAGGAUACCCAGGAACCUACAAGGAACCGCUGAUCUGCAUCGUGUCAAUGUGACUUUUACAAAACAUGACAAAAUAUAUUAAAGUCAUUAAGAUAAUAAACAGUAAAAAGUCUUUACUGUUGACUGUUGAUACCAAACAUGUUGAAGGACUAGGGAUGUUACCGAUGAACCGUUUAGCCGGUUAGCCCGACCGAAAAUACAUUUCACCCGGGUCAUGCUUAUCGGUCUAUAGGUUCAUUUGAACAAUUUUGUGGAAUUAAAAUUGCCACGUGUGUAUUUCCAUUAGUAAUCAUGCAUUUUAUUUGUCACAUGCGCACAGCACACAGAGACUAGUUAGAGGAGAUGAAUACUACCUGUCAGACAGCGACAGAGUAGCUCCUGUAGGCUACUGUAGUGAAGCCUGCUGUUGGAAGCCCAGUCAUUGGUCAUCCCAGUCAUUGGUCAUCCCAGUCAUUGGUCAUCUCAGUCAUUGGUCAUCCCAGUCAUUGGUCAGCCCAGUCAUUGGUCAGCCCAGUCAUUGGUCAGCCCAGUCAUCGUUCAGCCCAGUCAUUGGUCAGCCCAGUCAUCGUUCAGCCCAGUCAUCGUUCAGCCCAGUCAUUGGUCAGCCCAGUCAUUGGUCAGCCCAGUCAUUGGUCAGCCCAGUCAUUGGUCAGCCCAGUCAUUGGUCAGCCCAGUCAUUGCACAACAAAUAACAAUUCUAAAUGCAACCGCUUGUUAAAAACUUGUGGCUAUGAUUAAAAAGGAGUUAUUUUUAUUUCUCAAUCUCAACUCAUAAUGUAAUGUGGAAACAGUAUAAUGUAAUGUGGAGACAGUAUAAUGUAAUGUGGAGACAGUAUAAUGUAAUGUGGAGACAGUAUAAUGUAAUGUGGAGACAGUAUAAUGUAAUGUGGAGACAGUAUAAUGUAACGUGGAGACAGUAUAAUGUAAUGUGGAGACAGUAUAAUGUAACGUGGAGACAGUAUAAUGUAACGUGGAGACAGUAUAAUGUAAUGUGGAGACAGUAUAAUGUAAUGUGGAGACAGUAUAAUGUAAUGUGGAGACAGUAUAAUGUAAUGUGGAAACAGUAUAAUGUAAUGUGGAGACAGUAUAAUGUAAUGUGGAGACAGUAUAAUGUAAUGUGGAGACAGUAUAAUGUAAUGUGGAGACAGUAUAAUGUAAUGUGGAAACAGUAUAAUGUAAUGUGGAGACAGUAUAAUGUAACGUGGAGACAGUAUAAUGUAAUGUGGAGACAGUAUAAUGUAACGUGGAGACAGUAUGAUGUAAUGUGGAGACAGUAUAAUGUAAUGUGGAGACAGUAUAAUGUAAUGUGGAAACAGUAUAAUGUAAUGUGGAGACAGUAUAAUGUAAUGUGGAAACAGUAUAAUGUAAUGUGGAGACAGUAUAAUGUAAUGUGGAGACAGUAUAAUGUAAUGUGGAGACAGUAUAAUGUAAUGUGGAGACAGUAUAAUGUAAUGUGGAAACAGUAUAAUGUAAUGUGGAGACAGUAUAAUGUAACGUGGAGACAGUAUAAUGUAAUGUGGAGACAGUAUAAUGUAACGUGGAGACAGUAUGAUGUAACGUGGAGACAGUAUAAUGUAAUGUGGAGACAGUAUAAUGUAAUGUGGAGACAGUAUAAUGUAAUGUGGAGACAGUAUAAUGUAAUGUGGAAACAGUAUAAUGUAAUGUGGAGACAGUAUAAUGUAAUGUGGAGACAGUAUAAUGUAAUGUGGAGACAGUAUAAUGUAAUGUGGAGACAGUAUAAUGUAAUGUGGAGACAGUAUAAUGUAAUGUGGAGACAGUAUAAUUGUUUGAAACCUGAACGUGUUACUUUACUUCAAAUAAUGAGGUGUGUAUUACCUUGCGUCUACGUAGCCUUGCCAAAAAUCCAUCCGUAGCAACAUGGAAUCAAUUAUUAUAUAAAGACUUCCUCAUGCCGUUAA